GCAUAGAAGCGUUCUUCCAUUUUCUCAAUUCACUUGGCCACCCGUGAGCACGUGUUUUGUUGCCGGUCGUUCGUUUCCCAUCGUUCUAACAACUUUGAGGAGCGUCGACAAUUAAUAAUUGUUAAUCACUGUCGACGAUAAGUAUAAAAAUCAAUUUUCAAACAUGAAUCCCGAAAAGUUGAAGAAGUUACAGGCACAAGUGCGAAUUGGAGGUAAAGGUACACCCCGUCGCAAGAAGAAGGUUGUUCAUACCACUGCUGCGACGGAUGACAAAAAAUUGCAAAGUUGCCUGAAGAAAUUAUCCGUCAAUACGAUUCCUGGCAUUGAGGAGGUCAAUAUGAUCAAGGACGAUGGAACUGUGAUCCACUUUAACAAUCCCAAGGCUCAAGCGAGUCUCUCGGCCAACACAUUCGCCAUUACUGGACAUGGUGAGAACAAACAAAUAACCGAUAUGUUGCCGGGUAUUUUGAGCCAACUUGGGCCAGAGGGUUUGAAUCAGUUGAAACGAUUGGCGAGCAAUGUCACUGGAAGCACGCUCCCCAAAACCGUCAUGGACGAUGACGACGAGGUUCCCGAUUUAGUUGGCAACUUCGACGAAGCGAGCAAAGAAGAGGUGGCGCCAAAGAAAGAAGCUGAAGAGCUCGAGAAACCUACUGCCGAUAAAAAAGAUUCGGUGACCGUUGAUGACAAAAAGGAAGCCCCUCUAGCCAAACCAGAAGCUUAAAGGCUCGACGUUAAUCAUGCUCACCGAGACAGUUGUAAUUAAUGAGUCAAGAGACAUAAAUCCAGCGACGAAAGAUUUCUAACGCCGAGGAAACAAAACAAGAGUUGCAAACACUUUACACACUAUGUGUUACAAUUAAAUGAAUAAUGAUUGCUAUGAAAACGACGGAAAAAAUUAAACAAAAAAAAAUAAAAUAAAUAACAAUCUUUGACA